UGUUACAGACUGUUUCUCUCUCCUCAACUUUUAUAGUCGCGCGCUCUCUCUCUCUCUAAGAUUCCCCUUCGCUUUCUCCAUUCUCUGAAUUUUCCGCCUUUAUUUUUCUGAACGAGCUCCUGAUUGGUCUCUUCCUACCAAAAGCCCUCUCUCUCUCUCUCUCUACUUUUGUAACCGAGGUUGGUAUUCCUGCACACUGAAGAUUAAACUGGUACUUGUCAUUCUAUUAAAUCUGAGCGUGAUAUCCUCUUGACGGUCCUUAGGGUAUUAUUUUCUAUUGAAGUGUUGAGGAGAGAGCUUCUGAUGGGUCUUGAAGUGUUACUAUUGUUUCUUCUCAAGAUCCUUGAUAGUUCUGAAGUUUUGAUCGAAUCAACUUGAGAUUGAUCUGGCUUCAGUAUUAUUUGUUGUCCAAGAGAAGUUCUUCUGACUUGAUAUAUCCAGAUUCUUGAGCUUCGGAGAAAGCUCCAAGAAAAUGGCAAACUUAGCAAUCAAUGGCAUUCUGGAGAAGAUGACUGGGAAGGACAAAGAUUACAGAUAUAUGGCAACAUCAGAUUUACUGAAUGAAUUAAGCAAGGAUAGUUUUAAAGCUGAUAGCGAUCUGGAGAUUAAGGUUUCAAAUACUGUCUUGCAACAACUUGAUGAUGCUGCCGGUGAUGUUUCUGGAUUGGCUGUAAAAUGUUUAGCACCAUUGGUAAAGAAGGUCAGUCAGGACAGAGUUUUGGAUAUGACAGAGAAGUUAUGUGAUAGAUUGCUGCAUGGAAAAGAUCAGCAUCGUGACACUGCCAGUAUAGCCUUGAAAACAAUUGUUUCUGAGAUUACCGCAACUGCUGUUGCUUUACGCAUUCUUGAGUCUCUUACCCCACAAUUAAUUCAGGGCAUCUCAAGCACUGGCUUGAGCACAGAAAUAAAGUGCGAGUGUCUUGACAUCCUGUGUGAUGUUCUCCAUAGAUUUGGCAAUCUGAUGACACAUGAUCAUCUAUUACUGCUUAGGUCCCUGUUGUCACAGCUGAGUUCCAACCAAGCCAGUGUCAGAAAGAAAUCCAUUUCUUGUAUUGCCUCGCUGUCUUCAAGUUUAUCAGACGAUCUAUUGGCAGCAGCAACUGUUGAAGUUGUUCAAUUACUGAAAAAGAAGGGCACCAAACCAGAGUUAACACGCACAAACAUCCAGAUGAUUGGAGCUUUUAGCCGGGCUGUUGGAUACCGCUUUGGACCACAUCUUAGUGAGACAGUCCCAAUGCUGAUCAGUUACUGUGUGAAUGCGUCAGAAGUCGAUGAAGAGCUCCGUGAGUACAGUUUGCAGGCACUGGAAAGUUUCUUGCUCAGAUGCCCCAGGGACAUAUCAGUGUACUGCAAUGAAAUUUUAGAUUUAACUCUUGAAUAUUUAAGCUAUGACCCGAACUUCACAGACAAUAUGGAAGAAGACACUGAUAAUGAAAAUCUCGAGGAUGAGGAGGAGGAUGAAGAGAGUGCCAAUGAGUAUAGCGAUGAUGAAGAUAUCAGUUGGAAAGUCAGGAGAGCAGCCGCAAAGUGUCUGUCUGCUGUAAUUGUUUCUCGUCCAGAGAUGCUUUCAAUACUCUACAAGGAGGCAUGCCCUAAAUUGAUAGAAAGGUUCAAGGAGAGGGAAGAAAAUGUUAAGAUGGAUGUCUUCAAUGCAUUUAUUGAGCUACUACGCCAAACAGGGAAUGUUACAAAGGGACAGGUUGACAUACAAGAGUACAGUCCUUUGUGGAUGUUGAAGCAAGAAGUGCAAAAAAUAGUGAGAUCCAUAAACAAGCAAUUGAGGGAGAAAUCCAUAAAAACAAAGGUUGGCGCAUUCUCAGUCUUGAGAGAACUUGUGGUUGUGUUGCCAGACUGCUUAGCCGAUCAUAUUGGAUCUCUUGUGCCCGGAAUUGAAAAAGCACUAAGUGACAAGUCUUCUACAUCGAAUCUGAAGAUUGAGGCCCUCAUUUUUACCAGAUUAGUGAUGGCUUCACAUUUGCCAUCUGUUUUCCACCCAUACAUCAAGGCUCUCUCAGGUCCUAUAUUAUCUGCUGUAAGUGAACGCUACUACAAGGUCACGGCUGAGGCAUUAAGGGUCUGUGGAGAGCUUGUUCGUGUCAUCCGCCCAAAUAUUGAGGAAACUGUCUUUGAUUUCCGACCUUAUGUUCGCUCCAUAUAUACUGCUAUCUUGUUGCGUCUGGCAAACCAAGAUCAAGAUCAGGAAGUCAAGGAGUGUGCAAUUUCUUGCAUGGGUCUCGUCAUUUCAACAUUUGGCGAUGACCUCCAAAUGGAGUUACCUACAUGCCUUCCUGUCCUUGUUGAUCGUAUGGGAAACGAGAUAACACGACUCACAGCCGUCAAGGCCUUUGCCGUAAUUGCCAGCUCACCACUUAAGAUAGAUUUAUCGUGUGUUUUGGACCAUGUAUUAGCAGAGUUAACGGCUUUCUUGCGAAAGGCCAACCGAGCUUUGAGACAGGCAUCUUUGGGGACCCUGAAUUCUCUAGUAGUUGCUUAUGGUGACAGAAUCAGCACCUCCACCUAUGAAUCUAUCAUUGUGGAACUUUCAGCACUGAUAAGUGAUUCUGACUUACAUAUGACGGCCUCCGCUUUGGAGCUUUGCUGCACAAUGAUGGCUGAUAGAAAGUUCAAUAAAGAUGUUGGUUUGUCAGUGAGGCAGAUAGUUCUUCCUCAAGCACUUGUUUUGGUGAGAAGCUCUUUGUUGCAGGGGCAAGCUCUUCAGGCAUUGCAAUCUUUCUUUGCUGCGUUGGUUCAUUCUGCAAACACUAGCUUUGAUGUCUUGUUGGAUUCUCUCCUUUUUAGUGCCAAGCCAUCUCCUCAGUCUGGUGGCCUAGCCAAACAGGCUUUAUAUUCAAUUGCUCAGUGUGUUGCUGUCCUGUGCCUUGCUGCUGGUGAUAAUAAAUGUGCUUCUACCGUGGAAAUGCUUACAAGCAUUUUGAAAGAUGAUAACAAUACCAAUUCUGCUAAACAGCACCUUGCUUUGCUAUGUUUGGGAGAAAUUGGCAGAAGGAAGGAUCUUAGUUCACAUCGAAAUAUAGAGAAUAUCGUAAUUGAAUCCUUUCAGUCGCCAUUUGAAGAGAUUAAGUCUGCGGCCUCUUAUGCUUUAGGAAAUAUAGCUGUUGGGAAUCUAUCCAAGUAUCUACCAUUUAUAUUGGAUCAAAUUGAUAACCAACAGAAGAAACAAUACCUUUUGCUUCAUUCGUUGAAGGAGGUUAUAGCCAGGCAAUCUAUGGAUAAGGCUGGCCAAGUGGAAUUGCAGGAUCAAAAUGUUGAAAAGAUACUUAGAUUGCUCUUCAACCACUGUGAAAGUGAGGAAGAAGGAGUUCGCAAUGUUGUUGCCGAAUGUCUAGGCAAAAUUGCACUUAUUGAACCGAAAAAACUUGUUCCUGCUCUCCAGGUGCGGACAACCUGCCCUGCUGGUUUUACCAGGGCCACAGUCGCCAUUGCUGUGAAGUAUUCAAUUGUCGAACGACCAGAGAAAAUUGAUGAUGUUAUUUAUCCGGCCAUCUCUUCAUUUCUGAUGCUUAUAAAAGAUGAUGACCGACAUGUUAGACGAGCAGCUGUUUCAGCUUUGAGCACAGCAGCCCACAAUAAGCCGAACCUCAUCAAGGGGCUUCUUCCAGAGCUAUUACCUCUUCUUUAUGACCAGACUGUCGUCAAGCAAGAGUUGAUAAGGACAGUUGAUCUUGGCCCUUUCAAGCACAUUGUGGAUGAUGGUCUUGAGCUUAGAAAAGCAGCUUUUGAAUGUGUGGAUACAUUGCUCGACAGUUGUCUUGAUCAAGUGAACCCAUCAUCUUUCAUUGUCCCUUACCUAAAAGCUGGCUUGGAUGAUCAUUAUGAUGUCAAAAUGCCUUGCCAUCUUAUCCUUUCUAAACUUGCGGACAAAUGCCCUUCUGCUGUCCUUGCAGUGCUGGAUUCGUUGGUGGGCCCUCUAGAGAAAACUAUAAGUCACAGGCCAAAGCAAGAUGCUGUUAAGCAGGAAGUGGAUCGCAAUGAAGACAUGAUCCGGAGUGCUCUUCGUGCUAUUGCCUCCCUGAAUCACUUAAGUGGCGGAGAAUACAGCCCGAAGUUCAAAAUGCUGAUGAAUACCAUCAUGAAAACCCCUAAUCUCAUUGAGAAGUACAAUGCAGUUCGAUGUGAGUGAUUCUGUUAUCUCAUUAUGGGGUUGUCAACAUAAAAAGAAAAAUUUGGAGCUGGCAUUCCUCUAUUCGGGGAAAAAUGAAAAGGCGAAAGAUAGGGUGAGGGAGUUCAAAUGAUUUGCAGAUACCUUCAAAAGCUACAAUUGCUUUUCAUGGGACUUGUUCAUCCUCUCUCUAUAGACAGAAAGUGGUAAAAAUUGAGAGUAGUCAAACAGUGACACAGCUGAUAUUGUCAAGGUUUUGACAGCUUAAUUUGGGGCAUCUCUCUCUCUCUCUCUCUCUCUCUCUCUCUCUCUCAUUUUGGUGUAAUUGCUUGUACCUAUGAAAGCAACGCAUCGAGUGUUAAAAGCAACCUCAGUACAAGUGACACUACAUAAUAUGAAGCAGUAUUACUGGUUCCUUACUGUAAAAA